AUCCAACAAUAUAAUAACUUGAAUCGUGACAAUGCUCCGAUUGAUAAAGAAAUAUCGAUAAGAAAGAAAAGUUAGGCAGAUUUUUGAUAAUGGUUUCAACGUGCCUUACCUUAUAAAGCACGAACACCUGUACAGCUAAGUCAUUCAUAAACCAAUCGUCGACGUGUAAUUAAUUUAUUGCCCGGAAUUUUGCAUGGUGUAAAGUCGGCUGGUUGAUCCAUUUAUCAUCAAGGAUGGCCAAAGCAUUGUUGCUCCUCUGCUUGACGAUCUGUCAAGCGAAUUUUCUGUACGGGGACGCCGUCAACCCUCGAGCUGAAAAUGAGUACCCGUACAGGCUUCCAACCGAUGUCGUACCAUCGUCGUACAAAUUAAGUUUGGAACCGGAUUUGGACAAAUUCACGUUCAACGGCACUGUGGAGAUCGCGAUCGAAGUUAAAAAUACAAAUGUUAAUAAUAUAACAUUGAAUCAAAAGAAUCUCAAUAUCAAGAGAGUAGAGCUGAAAAAUUUGAAUGAGAAAACGGAUAUAAAAGUGAAGACAUUUGAUCAAGUAGAAAAGCAAGAAAUUUUAAUUAUAAUGUAUGAGAACAAUGAAGUUAUUAAAAAGGGGAAUUAUACACUCACGUUAGGUUAUUCCGGCGAGUUGAACGAUCAGAAGAGAGGAUUUUACAGGAGUAGAUACAUCGAUAAGGACGAGAAGAUAAAAUACGUUGCCGCGACCCAUUUCGAGCCGACAGGCGCUCGAUUAGCGUUCCCUUGCUGGGACGAGCCCGAUUUCAAGGCGACAUUCGACAUCUCUAUAACCCACUCGAAAUCGUACAACGCGAUCUCGAAUACGAAAAAAAAGAAUGUAACGAUCGAAAAUGGAAAGUACGUAUCCAAGUUCGACACAACACCGAAGAUGUCCACUUACUUGGUGGCAUUCGUUGUCUCUGAUUACAAGUCGAACAAUAGAACCGAGAACGAAAUCGAGUUCAAAGUUUGGACGAAACCGCACGCCGUGAAUCAGACGGAGCACGCUUUGAACGUGAGCGUGGAUCUGUUGAAGAGAUUGGACGAUUAUAUGAAAAUCCCGUACGGGAACGAGAUUAAAAAAAUGGACCAAGUGUCGCUGAAAGAUUUCUCGGCAGGCGCAAUGGAAAAUUGGGGUCUCGUUACUUACAGGGAGACCUCACUUCUCGUUGAGAAGAAUGUCACGUCAGAUCGUGCGAUUCAAGGGGUAACCACGACCAUAGCCCACGAGUUCACCCAUCAAUGGUUCGGAAAUCUCGUCAGUCCGAAAUGGUGGAAGUACAUUUGGUUGAACGAAGGAUUCGCGGAUUAUUUCCAAUAUUUCAUCACUCAUCAGAUUCUGCCCGAUUGGAGAUUAGACGAGGUAUUCGUUGUGGAGAAUACGCAGGGGGUCGCUUUCGUUACGGAUGCGGGUUUAAACACACGACCCAUGAACCAGGACGCGACCACGCCCGCAGAAAUCAGCAAAUUGUUCGACAAUAUCGCGUAUCAGAAGUCUGGAGCGGUUAUUCGAAUGAUGUCGCACAUUUUGACGCUUCAAAAUUUCCAAAAUGGCUUGACGGAAUACCUGAACGAAAUGAACCAUAAAAAUGCCGAUUCGUCGGAUCUUUUCAAAUAUCUCGACAAAAACGGGAAGGAGAAAUUGCCCAAGAAUGUGACGUUCGAACAACUUAUGAACGAGUGGGUGAACAAGCCUGGUUAUCCGGUGGUGAACGUUGUAAGGAAAGAGAAUGUGUAUGAGAUAACUCAAAAACGAUUUUUAUUGUACAAUGGGAGCGAAAAUGAUAACACGAAAUGGUGGGUGCCGCUCACCUAUUUCCGUUUGUCCAAUAUCAACGAGACAUCAACAUUGCCAAAGUUAUGGUUGAGACCGAACGAUGAAUUCGUGAACGUGAAUGUUACAGAGGGGGAUGGAAUUAUUUUCAACACGUUACAGACAGGUUAUUAUCGCGUGAAUUACGACAAGGAGAACUGGAAAUUGUUGAACGAUUACUUGAACUCGAACAAUUACACCAAGUUGAGCCCCAUAACGCGAGCUCAAUUGAUCGACGAUGCUUUAAAUUUGGCACGGGUUGGCCUACUCCCUUACGACGUGGCGUUAAAUCUCACCUUGUACCUUCGCAGAGAAGUGGAUUACAUACCUUGGCAAACGACAUUUAGGAACUUGAACUUCUUGAAUACCAUGAUGCGAACCUCCGACCAUUAUCAAAUGUUCAACAGUUACGUUACCUGGCUAAUGAGAUCCCUCGUGGAAACGGUGGAUUACAAACCUAACUCGAAGGACGAUCAUCUUACGAAGAUGCUUAGACCGACCAUAAUGUAUUGGGGCUGCAGAGCUGGCGUUGAAAAUUGCGUGGAUUACGCCAGUAAUGAAUUUAAUGAAUGGUUGAAGAAUUCUGAGAAAAAACUCGACCCCAAUUUGAAGAACAACAUUCUGUGCGCCGGUCUGAGAAGUUCAAACGCGGAGGCAUGGAACCGUACAUGGAACAUCGUGAAAAAUAUAACGGACGAGGAUGAAAGGGACAAUUUAUCACCGAUCUUGGCUUGUUCGAACUCGUUCGAAGUUUUGGAGAAAUAUCUGUUGCAAACCCUCGAGAAAAAUUCCUUGUUGUCCUUCUCGAGCGUGUAUCGAAACGUCAUAAAGGAACAUCCGAGCGGUGUCGAUAUCGUUUUGAACGUGCUCUACGACAAAUACGAGACGCUAAACAAAACUGAACAUAACCUCAAAUCGUAUUUGGAUACAAUCGCGAGCAGCGUGACGACCCACGAACAAUAUGGAAAGUUAAUGUAUCUUAUAUUGAAAGAGAGAUUGCAAAUGGAUUUUCUCGGGAACACGACUCUGAAAGCGAUCAGUAACAUAAAUUGGAUCGACCAUAAGAAAAAAAUGAUGGAAGAAUGGCUGCACAAGCAAAAUUUUUCAUCAUCCGAUGGUAACAGUUUGGUGGCGUUCGUUUCGAUGAUCGUAUUAUCAAUAUUUGUUACUCGAUUCUAUUAAGAUUCUAUGUUUAGAGAAUUUUGUUGAGAAUAUGUUGAGAUCGUUGCGAACGAAUAAAAAUGCGAUAAAGUGUUGAAAUAAAUUUAAUUAAUACGAUGAUCUUCUUGUACAGUAUAUCAUCAAUACGAUCGCGACAAUGUUAUUCAGAAUGACAAGAUUCGUAAGAAUUUGAAAAUAUGUUUCAAUAACGCGAUUAUUUAAAUUGUAAAUAUGUGGAAAAUGUAUUUUUAUAUUAUAUGUUAUAUGUGAACGCAAUAAAAAGAGUAGAAUUUUAACGUUAAGAA